GAGAAACUUGGCACAAAAGCCUUUCAAGAUGAGACUCCCGUCAACCAUCCAAUGGCAACGGAGAUUCCUUGGUGGAAGCAGCCACUUCUUCGACAACUUUACUUCAUGAUGACUUUCCUUUUCCUUGGUUCAACAACGCUUGGUUACGAUGGAAGUGUUCUGAACGGACUACAAACCAUGACUUCAUGGCAAGAAUAUUUCUCCUAUCCUGUAGGAUCUCGACUGGGCAUCUUUGGCGCCAUGCCAGGUUUUGGUGGGCUUGCCGUCCUCCUAUUCGCCCCCUAUAUUGCGGACAUACUCGGGCGGAGAAUGGGCACAGCAAUCGGCUGUGCCUUCAUCAUCAUGGGCUCACUCAUCCAGUCAUUCCCUCCAUCAUCGCACCCAGAGGCGAUGUACCUCGCCGGAAGAUUCUUCAUCGGAUUCGGUGCUAAUAUCAGCAACGGAUGCUGCCCACUCCUCAUCACUGAGAUCGCGCAUCCCCAGCAUCGAGGCAAAGUGACGACGAUAUACAACACGCUUUGGUAUCUUGGUGCGAUCAUUGCAGCGUGGACUACAUAUGGAACUUUAACGACGCUCACGGGAGAUAUUCAAUGGCGUCUUCCAACAGGACUUCAAUGCCUGAUGCCUGGUAUCCAACUUCUUGCAAUAUUCUUCAUCCCCGAAUCACCACGAUGGUUGAUCAGCAAAGGACGCGACGAUGAAGCGCUGAAGAUCUUGACGAAAUAUCACGCAAAUGGAGACGAAUCGGAUGAGUCCGUCAAGUGGGAAUUUUCAGAAAUCCGUGAAACCCUGCACUUGGAAAAGGAAGCUUCGUCGAGCACUGGUUGGCUUGAACUGGUACGAACUCCAGGCAAUCGGAAGAGGUGUUUCCUCAUAAUUGUAACCGCCAUAUUCUCCCAAUGCUCAGGAAACGGCCUCGUCUCCUAUUAUCUGUCAUCGAUCCUGAAAACUAUUGGAAUCACCGAACCGAAGAAGCAAGCGAUAAUCAAUGGCGGCCUUACAAUCUGGUGCUGGUUGAUCUUACUGAACUGUGCAUUCCUCGUCGACCGAGUUGGACGUCGUGUUCUCUUCCUGUUCGCCGGGCUUGGCAUGCUCAUCUCCUUCACGAUCUGGACCACAUGUAGCGCGGUGUACGCCAAAACUGGUAGCACUGGGGCUGGAUCAGCAGUCCUCGCCGUGAUCUUCCUGUUUUAUGGAACAGCUGGAGCCGCUUGGCCAGGACUUACGGUCUCAUACACUGUUGAGAUUCUACCUUACCACAUCCGUGCAAAGGGGUUAACUCUGUGCUUCGCGUUCACCGCACUGAGUUGUGUGUUCAACCAGUAUGUGAACCCAAUUGGAUUGGAGGUCCUGCAGUGGAAGUUUUACUUCGUGUACAUUGCUGUAUUGGUGAUUGAAUGUCUGGUUAUUUACUUCUUCUAUGUCGAGACUAAAGGUCCAACUUUGGAGGAAAUUGCGAUUCUGUUUGAUGGUGAGAACUCUUAUGUGGGUACCACGCUACCGAUGCCGGAAAAGAAGACAAGUGCCAGCACAGUGGAGCAUGUGCAUGAAGUCUGAAUUGGAAAAUGGAUGCUUUGAGUAAAUUACGAUUGGAAGGAUAACCAAUUUCGAGCUUCU